UAUGAAGUAUAACCACAUGUACUAAACGAAGGAAAGCAAGUGACUGUUGGCCACUUGCUUAGGGCAAGCAACAGUUUCUACUGAGUAAUAGAGAAUACUAAAUUCUGUAUUACUGUCCAUGUAUCGCUUUAGACAGGAAUAUGGCAGAUCAAAUCCAGGAAGGAAGCAUACAUUUUCCUUUUCCCUACACUCCUUACUCUAUCCAGAAGGACUUUAUGGCAGAGCUGUACCGUGUUUUGGAGGCUGGAAAGAUUGGAAUAUUUGAGAGUCCAACUGGCACUGGUAAAUCGUUAAGUCUCAUUUGUGGAGCCCUUUCUUGGCUCCGUGAUUUUGAAAGAAAGAAGCAGCAAGAAGAAGCCCGUCUUCUUGAUACAGGAAUUGCCCCAUCAAAUCACUUGGAAGAACCUCCACCUCACAUGUCUACUAGCCAGGAGGUUCCAGAUACCUCAAAGCCUGCUGGGGAGCCUGAUUGGAUUGCCCAAUUUGUGCAGAAGAAAGAAGAAAAGGAUAAGAUAGACAGACUAAGGGAUGAACAAGUCAGGAGGAAGAAGCGAGAGGGGCAUCUCCAACAGAUACGCCACAAUGCACAUUUAAAAUAUGCAGCCAAAAGAAUGAGACAAGAAGAAGAAGAGAUGGAGCGCCUGUUACGCCUCAGCAAGGAGAUGCUAGCAGCAGCAGGGAGUGGACAGCCAGAGGAAGAGCUUGGCAGGGAAGAAGAUCUGGUUCUUGCUGAAUAUGACAGUGAUGAGGAGAAAAAAACAGUUAGUGGAGUUCUUGAAGAGGAUGAUGAAGAUCUGGAAGAGGAGCAUGUAACUAAGAUUUAUUACUGCAGCCGAACACACUCUCAGCUGAUGCAGUUUGUGCAUGAGGUACAGAAGAGCCCCUUUGGUAAAGAGACGCGACUUAUCACUCUCGGUUCCCGGCAGAACCUUUGUGUGAAUGAAGAAGUAAAACGCCUGGGGUCAGUCCACCUCAUCAAUGACCGCUGUCUGGAGAUGCAGAAAAACAAGCAUGGGACAUACCAGAGCUGUGAAGCCAUAUCAGGUGAGGACUUGAGAAGUACUUCUAGAUCUUCCAUAGAAGAGUCUGCCUUGCUCUUUUUUAAGCUUGGUUAUCCACUUCUUUUUCUGCCUUUGUUGCCGUUCUUGUCUUUCCCCUGUUCAGAGAAGAAAAAUAAAGAGGAAGAAAAGGCAAAGAAAAGGAAAACUGAGACUCGUACUUCCUGCCCCUUCUACAACUAUGAGCAGAUGCAGUUUCUUGGUGAUGAGGUUCUCGUGGAAGUGAAAGACAUUGAGCAGCUGGUAGCCCUAGGGAAGGAGGCUCGAGCCUGCCCCUACUAUGGAAGCCGUUUUGCUGUUCCUUCAGCCCAGCUGGUGGUUCUCCCUUACCAAAUGCUGCUGCAUGCAGCUACCCGUCAUGCGGCUGGCAUUAAACUUCAGGGACAAGUGGUGAUCAUUGAUGAAGCCCACAACCUGAUUGAUUCUAUCACAAGCAUCCACAGUGCUGAGGUUAGCGGUUCCCAGCUCUGCCAGGCUCACUCCCAGCUGUCUCAAUACAUGGAGCGCUACAGGAAACUUUUGAAGGCCAAGAACCUGAUGUACAUCAAACAAAUUUUGUAUUUGCUGGAGAAAUUUGUGACUGUUUUGGGUGGAAAUGUGAAACAGAAUCCCAACACUCAAAACCUCUUUCAAACAGGGACUGAGUUAAAGACCAUCAAUGACUUCCUGUUUCAGAGCCAGAUUGACAAUAUCAACCUGUUCAAGGUACAGCGGUAUUUUGAGAAGAGCAUGGUCAGCAGAAAGCUAUUUGGAUUCACCAAGGAAUAUGGUGGUGUCUCUAUCCUUCCACCUUCUAAAGAGCAAUCCAAGUUGACUGGUUUCCAACACUUCUUGCAGAGCCUUAAGCCUGGGACUGGAGCAGCUCCAUCAUCUUCUUCUGGAGAGGAUGAGAGCCAACCACCAUGGCUUGGCUCUCCGUUGAUGCAGAUUGAAAGCUUCCUUGCAGCUCUUACCACUGCCAACCAGGAUGGCAGGGUAAUUGUGAGCAGACAAGGCAGCCUGAGUCAGAGUAGCCUCCGAUUUCUCCUCCUGAAUCCCUCGGUGCACUUUGCCCAGGUGGUAAAGGAAUGUCGGGCAAUGAUCAUUGCUGGAGGCACCAUGCAGCCGGUGGCUGAUUUUCGUGAACAGUUGUUACAGUGUGCUGGGAUUGGAACAGAGCGUGUGGUUGAGUUUUCCUGUGGCCACGUAAUCCCACCAGACAAUAUUCUACCCAUUGUCCUUUGCAGUGGGCCCUCUAAUCAGCAGUUGGAAUUCAUCUAUCAGAAGAGAGAACUGCCUCAAAUGAUGGAUGAAAUUGGCCGCAUCCUCUGCAACCUAUGCAAUGUGGUCCCUGGGGGUGUGGUCUGCUUUUUCCCCUCCUAUGAGUACCUGUACAAGGUACAAGCACAUUGGGAGCAGAGUGGUCUGCUGACUCGUCUGGCAGUAAAGAAGAAGAUAUUUCAGGAGCCUAACAGAGCAAACCAGGUGGAACAGGUGCUGACUGAAUACUCCAAGUGCAUUAAGCGAUGCAGCCAAGUGAAAGGUGUGAUGACUGGGGCUCUUCUCCUUUCCGUGGUUGGAGGGAAGAUGAGUGAAGGGAUCAAUUUCUCUGAUGACUUAGGGCGGUGUGUGGUUAUGGUGGGCAUGCCCUACCCCAACAUCAAAUCCCUGGAGCUGCAAGAGAAGAUGGCGUACCUGGAUCAGACCCUUCCCAAUAGCCCAGGGAAAUCUUUGAUUGAAAACCUGUGUAUGAAAGCUGUCAACCAGUCUAUAGGAAGAGCCAUUAGGCAUCAGCAGGACUUUGCCAGCAUCCUGCUCCUGGACCAGCGUUAUUCUCGUCCAUCCAUUUUGGCCAAACUGCCUAGCUGGAUCCGAGACCAGGUGGAAAUCAAAGCCACAUUUGGGCCAGCUUUUGCUGCUUUGCGGAAGUUUCACCGGGAGAAAUCUGGUCCUUCCUGACAGAUGAGCAUCACUCCCUACUACAUGCUUAAGCCUGCUACAUUUGUUACUACGUCUACAGGAGUUGUGGCUGCAAAGAUGACAAAACACAGAUGGAUAAGGCUGGGAUCUAGCCCCAGCUCUUUCUGCCCUGUCCCCUGGUGUGAGGACUGGAGGAGCCAGUUCUAUGUUGGAGAAAAAUAUUUGGACAGCAAGACUUCCAGGACUUACCUUGAAGGUAGAAGUUAGAAGAGAAGCUGGGAUUUGGAGCAGAAGAUUGAGUUGAUGGGUGGUGGAUUAGGGUGUUGUAGGUUUUGUGUUGCAGUUCAAGGCUGGAUCAGUUCUCAGAUGAGAUGGACAGAAAAGUUACAGUAUGAGAAGAUGUAGAUUGCAUUUCAUUUUAGUGAAAGUAGAAAGAAAAAUUUGAUGUUAUUUGGAAGAAGUAUUGCAGAAUGGACAUUUUGCACUUGGUCUUACUGGUAGUUCUUGCUGCCCUUCCUGCUGAUUUGUUGUGAAACACUGUCCAGACACAACAUGAAGCUGCCCCUUGACAGUCAUAAUGUUGGACCGUCACAAAUUUCUCCUGAAGCAUGUAAAGUUUGUGUCGUGUGUCUGUCUUCUUUGAGGAUUUAUGAAGAGAUUCAGCUCUAGCCUUCUGCCAUCUAUCUACCACCUCCCUUUUGAGCUCAUUUAGCCCUUUUUCUCACAAAGAAAAUCUUAGUCCGUGGUUUCACUCCCUGGAUAUCUCCCUGCCUUCUGAAAAGGUGCUGAGGUUUAAAGGAGCACAGUUCCACAUAGUUGGUUCCAGUUCCCCUUUCAAAGCCAAUGGCAAUCACAAUUACCUCCUUUCAUUGACAUUAUCAUUUAUUUUAGGAGCUAUUGGGCUCCCACUAUGACUAUUUUAAACCACCCUAUGUCUUUUUCUGUGUCUUUGCUGUGUGGAUAGCUCUACCUUGUGAUAUCUGAAUCUCCCAUUUACUAGUUAUCCAUGCCCUAAAGAAGAAGACCCCAUCUACUCAAAUAAUGGUGAAAGGAAGGACUUGCUCUUACUGUCAUGGAUUAACAUAACUAUUGGUGCCUUAAUUAAAGUGCACAUUUGGUUCAUGCAGCUGCGAUUCGUG